GAUGAUGAAAGGCUCUCUGCAGAGGAGAUGGAUGAGAGGAGGCGGCAGAACAUCGCUUAUGAAUAUUUGUGCCACUUAGAGGAAGCCAAAAGGUGGAUGGAAGUCUGCUUAGUGGAAGAAUUGCCACCGACCACUGAACUGGAAGAAGGACUCAGGAAUGGAGUUUACCUUGCAAAAUUAGCCAAGUUCUUUGCCCCUAAAAUGGUGUCAGAGAAAAAGAUCUAUGAUGUGGAACAAACACGUUAUAAGAAGUCGGGCCUCCAUUUUCGACACACAGAUAAUACCGUCCAGUGGUUAAGAGCGAUGGAGGCUAUUGGUCUACCUAAGAUAUUUUAUCCAGAAACUACAGAUGUCUAUGAUCGGAAAAACAUUCCAAGAAUGAUAUACUGCAUUCACGCACUGAGUUUAUAUCUGUUCAAACUAGGAAUAGCCCCCCAGAUCCAGGAUUUGUUGGGCAAAGUAGACUUCACAGAGGAAGAAAUCAGCAACAUGAGAAAAGAACUAGAGAAGUAUGGGAUACAGAUGCCAUCUUUCAGCAAAAUAGGGGGUAUUUUGGCCAAUGAACUGUCCGUGGAUGAAGCUGCUUUGCAUGCUGCCGUUAUAGCCAUUAAUGAAGCUAUUGAGAAAGGAAUCGCGGAGCAAACCAUCGUAACGCUAAGAAACCCAAAUGCUGUCUUAAAUUGGGUGGAUGACCACCUUGCACAAGAAUACCAGAAAGAGCUCUGGGAAGACAAAAAGAGAAAAGAAGAAAAUGCAAGACUGAAGAAUAGCUGUAUUUCAGAAGAGGAAAGAGAUGCGUAUGAAGAACUGCUGACACAAGCAGAAAUCCAAGACACUAUCACUACAGUCAACAGACUUGCCGCCGUGGACCACAUCAAUGCUGCACUCAGGGAAGGUGACCCCGAGAAGACGUUUCUGGCCCUGAAGAAACCAGAGGCCCAGCUGCCCGCUGUUUAUCCCUUUGCAGCUGCUAUGUACCAGCAUGAGCUUUUCAACCUCCAGAGUCAGAAUGCCUCGAACCAGCUGGCCCAUGAAGAAUUGGUGAUUGCAGUGGAAAUGUUGUCUGCCGUUGCUUUAUUGAACCAAGCCUUGGAAACCAACGAUCUUGUGUCCGUGCAGAAUCAACUCAGAAGCCCAACAAUAGGCUUCAAUAACCUUGAUGAGGCAUGUGUGGAACGUUAUGCAGAUGCACUACUGGCCAUUAAACUUGAAGCUUUAUCCCAAAGGCAGGAUAAUUUAACUUGGAAUGAAAUUCAGAAUUGUAUUGAUAUGGUUAAUUUCGAGAUUCAGGAAGAAAACGACCGAAUUGUAGCUAUAAGGUACAUCAAUGACGCUAUCGACGAGGCAAAUCCUUUGAAAACUUUGGACACCUUGCUGUUACCCAUGGCUAAGAUUAGAAAUGUUGACCCAGAGUUUGCUCAACACUACCAGGACGUCCUCUACCAGGCAAAGCAGCGGAAACUUGAGGAUUCUGAAGGUGUUUCUAAAGUUCUUUGGCUGGAAGAGAUCCAGCAAGCAAUCGACGAGGCCAACAGGGACAACGACAGAACCAAAAACUGGGUUACUCUGACCAUUGGUGUUAACCAGUUUUUGGAGGGGGAAAAAUCAGGUGAUAUUUUGUCUAUACUGACUUCUUCUGGUCUGAAUGAAAAUGACAUAUUCCCUGAGUGUACUGACAAGUACUAUGAUGCACUUCUAAAGGCAAAACAAGGCAAAGCUGAAAAUGUAACUAGUGAAGGUCCAUGGCUCAAAUUCACCAUGCAGGACAAAUAUGACUAUUAUUACAAUAUUGAUUCCAAAGAAGGUUCCUGGAAAAUGCCUGACUCAUGCUCACUUAAAGAAUCAUGGCUCCUGGCAAAAGACAUUGAGGACAUUAUUUUCAAAGUUUCAACAGAUUACAUCCGUGAGCAUCUGUGGUCUGCCUCAGAAGACCUGAUUAAUCGGUUUAAAAGCACGUCAUCAGGAAAGCUCAUAUAUGAAGAGUUUGAAGCUAGGAAAGCCUUUUUGUAUGAUAAAGAGCCAUAUGUGACCAAAAUACAGGCUUUUUGGCGAGGAUACAAACAAAGGAAAGCAUAUGAUGACAGAAAGCAACUGUUCCUUAGAAAUCUUCCUUCUAUUGUGAAGAUUCAGUCCUUCUUCCGAAUGUUAGCAGCUAGGAGGAACUACCUUUCACGACUAAAGUUCUUCAAAGAGCAUAAAUAUGAAAUUGUGAAGAUACAGUCACUACUAAGAGCAAGCAAAGCUAGAAAUGACUACAAAACAUUGGUUGGCUCCGAAAACCCACCUUUGACAGUAAUUCGCAAGUUUGUGCACCUUUUGGACCAGAGUGACUUAGAUUUCCAAGAGGAGCUAGAGGUAGCGCGAUUAAGGGCAGAAGUGGUGACCAAAAUCAGGGCUAACCAGCAGCUGGAGAAAGACCUUAACCUGAUGGACAUCAAGAUUGGACUCCUGGUGAAGAACAGGAUCACACUGCAGGAUGUGAUUUCACACAGCAAGAAGCUGAAUAAGAAAAAAGGAGGAGAAAUGCAAGUAUGGAAUAACACUGACAAUCAGGGAAUCAAAAGUCUGAGUAAGGAAAGGAGAAAAACACUAGAAACCUACCAGCAGCUGUUUUACAUUUUACAGACCAAUCCUUCAUACUUGGCUAAGCUGAUUUUCCAGAUGCCACAGAACAAGUCAACUAAAUUUAUGGACACUGUCAUUUUCACAUUGUACAACUAUGCUUCUAACGAGCGAGAAGAAUAUCUGCUUCUCAAGCUUUUUAAAACUGCCCUGGAAGAAGAAAUAAAGUCUAAGGUGGACCAGGUUCAGGACAUAGUCACUGGAAACCCGACCGUCAUUAAGAUGGUUGUCAGCUUCAACAGAGGGGCCCGUGGACAGAACACGCUGCGCCAGCUGCUGGCUCCCGUGGUGAAGGAGAUCAUCGAUGAUGAAACCCUGAUCAUUAACACCAGCCCGGUGGAGGUGUACAAGGCCUGGGUGAACCAGUUAGAAACACAGACUGGAGAGGCCAGCAAGCUUCCUUACGAUGUGACCACAGAGCAAGCUUUAACACACCCGGAAGUGAAAAAUAAGCUGGAAUCGUCCAUUGAGAACCUGAGAAGGGUCACUGACAAAGUCCUGAACUCUAUCAUUUCUUCCCUUGACCUCCUGCCUUAUGGAUUGAGGUAUAUAGCCAAAGUACUGAAGAAUUCCAUCCAUGAGAAAUUUCCUGAUGCCACAGAAGAUGAGCUAUUAAAGAUUGUGGGCAACCUGCUGUACUACCGGUACAUGAACCCAGCCAUCGUGGCUCCUGACGGCUUCGACAUCAUUGACAUGACUGCCGGUGGCCAGAUCACAUCCGACCAGAGGAGAAACCUGGGCUCAGUGGCCAAGGUCCUUCAGCACGCAGCCUCCAACAAGCUGUUUGAAGGAGAAAAUGAACACCUCUCCUCCAUGAACAAUUAUUUGUCAGAGACGUAUCAGAAAUUCAGGAAAUAUUUCCAAGAAGCAUGUAAUGUUGCAGAGCCAGAGGAGAAAUUUAAUAUGGACAAAUACACAGACCUGGUGAUGGUCAGCAAGCCGGUCAUCUACAUUUCCAUUGAAGAAAUCAUCAACACGCACUUGCUCCUGCUGGAACAUCAGGAAGCAAUUGCACCUGAAAAGACUGACUACCUGAACGAGUUGUUGGAGUUACUGGGAGAGGUACCUAAUGUGGAGUCUUUUAUUGGGGAAGGAGCAGUUGACCGAAAUGACCCUAACAGGGAAAAUUUGCUAAGUCAACUCGCCAAGACUGAGAUUUCCCUUUACUUGGCAAGCAAAUAUGACUUACAGGAUGGAGACUCUAUCGAUGGCCAGAGCCUCCUGAUAAAGACCAAAAAACUGAUCAUUGAUGUGAUUCGGAACCAAUCAGGACACACAUUGACAGAAAUCUUAGAGACACCUUCAACGCCACAACAGGAACUCGAUCAUGCCAAGGACAUGCUGAGCCGCGCCAUCAUAGACUCCAGAGCUCCAGAGGAAAUGAAAAAUAGCCAAUUCAUGAUUGAGGACACACAACUUCCCCUGGAGCAGAAGAAGAGGAAAAUCCAGAGGAACCUCAGGACACUGGAACAGGCUGGACGUGUAUCCUCCAAAAACAAAUACCAGGACAUCCUCAAUGAGAUCACCAAGGACAUUCGGAAUCAGAGAAUUUAUCGUAAGCUUCGAAAAGCCGAAUUGUCAAAACUUCAACAGACUCUGAAAGCACUUAACCAGAAGGCAGCAUUUUUUGAAGAACAAAUUAAUUAUUACGACACCUACAUAAAGACUUGCUUAGACAACUUAAAUAGAAAGAAUACUCGAAGAUCAAUUAAACUAGAUGGGAAAGAAGAACCCAAGGGGCAGAAGAGAGCAAAGUCUUUGAAGUACACAGCAGCCAGGCUACAGGAGAAGGGUGUUCUGUUGGGGAUAGACGACCUCCAGAGCAACCAGUUUAAAAAUGUUACAUUUGACAUCACCUCUUCUGAAGAUGUGGGCAUCUUUGAUGUCAGAACAAAGCUCCUGGGUGUUGAAAUGGAGAAGGUGCAGCUCAAUAUUCAGGAUCUACUUCAGAUGCAGUAUGAAGGAGUAGCUGUGAUGAAAAUGUUUGAUAAGGUGAAAGUGAAUGUAAACCUUCUUAUUUACCUGCUGAACAAGAAGUUCUAUGGGAAGUGA